ACGUUGGAACACCAACUGCCCCUUGUGCUUUUGGUGUAUAAAAGUCAACAGCCAAUAUCUGUAGCUGAUCUCCGUGAAUUCAUUACAAUUUUGAGGACAACGCUUGCUGGAGAACGUAUAAUUUGUCAGUAUCAGUUAUGGUUGGCUCUCUGUUGCUUUAAAGUUUAACAGAUGAGUUUGGUAUGUAGAAUAAACAAGGUCGACAUAGAUUCAAUCGAGAAACGACUGAGAGAAAACGUAGAGGAUUGGUUUGGGCCAAAACCAUGGAGGAUUUUAGUGCUUUUGCUGCUUUCCAGGCAGACGAUUCAGAGCGAACACCAGAUCAGAGAGGCUCUAAACGUCCACUAACUGAAGCUCAGAGAAUAGCAAAAAAUGAGCGUGAUAGAGAACGCCGGCAAGAACAUAAGGUGGAGUUCGAGAGGCUUCAGAGUGUGGAGUUCCAGUUCAAUCAAAUUGCACCACAGUUUAAGGACUUGCGGACCCAACUCGGGAUACAGACAAACAUUAUUAGCAAAUUAAAGCAGGAGAACCAAAGGCUGAAGAAUAGGGAGUCACAUCUUAAUAAAAGAAUAGAGGAACUCGGGAAUGCUCUUCCUGGAAAGGCAGCACCUGAUAGAAACUAUCGGACGCGUAAGAAGAGUCUACUCGUCCAUGGGAAUCAAUUACAACCAGUGGCUCUAAUAGGUGGAGAGAUUAACCAAAUGGUAUGGAACACUGCGACCGUACGGCCACAGGCACAUCUUCAGCUGAUGCCAGAUUUAAGUAUCAGCGCUGCGGUCCAAACCCAAGUAAUUCCAGCAAUACCAGCGGAGAGUGUCAUUGACAAGGAAACAGUGACCAAUCAGUUCACGAUGAAUGUCCCAUUCCUGUUUGUGGCAUCCAAGACGGAGGAAGUGACUUGCAUCCGGCUGAGGGGCAAGUGCUCAGCGAGUCCCGAGGGGGAUUUGCUCCAGUACUUGUUCGAGUGGAUCCCUCACCAGACCAACCAGGAAUCUUGGGAGAAUUUGGGAUGGUCCCCAUCAGAUGUUGGCUUGAUCCAGAAUAUGGCUCUAUCCAGCCACACGAGUUCAUCAUGUGGUGCUCAACCCUGUUUUCCAAUAAAAUUGCUGCUCUGGAAUUCCGUAGGGACUCUGAAUACCUACGGUCAGAUGGUUGUGAUGGAUCUUAUCAACCGUUUCCGACCGGCCGUUUUGGUCAUUGCUGAGACCAAGUUAUCUCGUGCGAGAGCGAAAGAAAUCAUAGACACGUUUCAUUUUGAUGCUCAUCGUGUUACGCCUAACUUGGGAUUUGUGGGAGGGAUGUGGCUUUUGUGGCGGUCGGAUGUGGUGGAGGUUGAAGUUCUUUCCUUCACAGAGCAAGAAAUCCACGCUCUCAUUAAGGAACCACAAACAAAUCAAAACCCUUCCCCAUGGGAAAUCUUUAGGGACGUGAACUUUGAUUCGCUUGAAGAGGCUCAAUCAUUUCUGGUGUCAUCUCCCACUGCACAAGUCGCAAAUAGCGAGCCUGUUACUGAAGCUCAAGGGAGUGAUCCUCAAACUGGUAAUACGAAGUAUGCCGAUCAGCUUGUGGAAGAUUUCACUAAGAAACUUGAUGCCAUGGACCAAAGCAAGGUGGACUUUUCAGACUUCGAAGGCUUAAAGGAAGAACUUGAAGCAAGUGGGAUAGGCAAUUUACCUCCGUCUCUGGCUCCCAUUGAUGAGCGCAUUAAGAUGAUGUAUGGAGAUAUUACUGCAGACAGUAGACAGAGCCCCUGUAUAGUAAGGCCUUCCUACAUCCUACUCUGCUCUGUAAUCAAAGAGAUGGACGAGCUAACACUUGACCAAGUCGACGAGAAGAAAAUGUUGUUUUGGGGAGAUGCAAUUAAUAGCGGUUUGAGGAUCGGAUUGAGAGGGAGCUUCGCCAUAGAUCACUUGAAGAACAUUGCUCGUGCAUACUAUGGUUUAAAAGCCUGGAAUGAACAAGGCCAUGAUCAAAAAUACCUCGAGAGCAUACAGUGGAGAAUGUCAGAAUUACAGAUUGAACUUCGUUCUUUAGAGGAGAAACAUGCAAAGAAAUUGGAAGAGCGCGAGUCAGAGGUGCGUCGGCAGUGUAUCCAUGUAGCUGAACAAUUUUGGGGCAAGCCUCUUAGCACUUAUUUGUUUCCCCAGCUUUUCCCUGGCUGCAACUCAGCCUUUUGAUAAUUACACUGUAUUUUUAGUUAAACAAAAUUUACACAUGUUGUAAA